UAUUGUGUUGCUCUCUCUAUCUCUUUCUCUCUCUAAAAUCCCUCUCAUUGUUUCUCUUUCUCUCAAUUGGGUUUUUGUUUUUUCCCUUACUAGCUUCUAAAAUGGAAGGUGGAGAAGAAUGUAGCAGCAAUGAGUCUGGUUGGACCAAAUAUAUUGAUCCAAGUGAUAAUAGUGAUAUUGAUGAUGAUGAUGAAAAUCAACAUCAUCAUCAUCAAUAUCAUAAUUAUGGCUAUAAAAUAAGCAAGAAUAAUGAUGAUGAUGAAGAUGAUGAUUCCAUUACUUCUGAUGCCUCAUCAGGUCCAGGACAUCGGUAUUAUGGCCAUGAUGUACAUGAAAACCAUCAUCAACAUCAUACAUCGACCAAGUCUUUAUCAUCAUCAGGGAAGAAAUCUAGCAAAGAAGGGAAAGAAAUAAAUGAAAGAAAUACUCCGAGUGGGAAAGGAAAAGGAAAAGGAAAAGAAAGUAUAUUGAAGACAAAUAAAUCUAGUAUUGGAUUAUUUUCCAAACUAAAAAAAGGUAAGAAACCUGGUUAAAGUAUGUACUUUUUUAAUUUUUUUAAUGAAUAGGCCGAGAAAAAAAGCAAGAUUAGAGAUGUGACAGCAAGUGGGAAUUCAACUCAAGUUCCUAAACCCAAUUACUCUGCUAUUCUUAUUACUUAUUAUCUCCAUUUUAAAUACUUAUAAUUGAUUGAUCGUUACGUAUUAUGUAAAAAAAUGUCAUUGUCACAUAUUGUGUAGAAAAAUAUCAGUCUUAGUUAUGAGUAUAUUGAAACAAAGUAAUAAGUAGUAUAUUAAUUAGAUCAUUAGAUGUAAGUGUAAGGGGAUUUGGUAAAUAGGAGUAAGUGUAAUACAAAAGUUGUAGUAAUGUUUUAUUUUGCAAUUUUAUAUAUUAAUAUAAUAUUUUUGUAGAAAAGAAAAAGGGUAAUCUUGCCUGUUUUGCAUUUUUGUCAAACACCCAUGAAUUCCGCCUGUGUCCAUUCAGGUGUGAUUAUAUUUCGUUCAUGUAAUUCUUUUGUUCCAUAUUAUUAUAUUUACGUUUAUAAUUUACUCUACUUUUCUUGAACAUGUCUACAUAGAGGUUUAUUUCUUGUUAGAGUAUAUAACAUAU